AUGUUUAAACGCACCGGAUCUUUGCUGCUUCGGUGCAGAGCAUCGCGAGCCCCCGUUAUCGGUCGACCCUUGAUCCCAUUAUCAACCUCCUCUACCUCUCUGUCUCUAUGUCGUCCUCGAUCCUUUGCCACUACCUCCCUUCGCAAUUACGCUGAGGCAUCCUCCCCGGCCACACAAACCUCUCCUUCGCCGUCGAGUUGGCUCGCCCCCGAUGCCGCCCCCAGCGUUCCCCAGACCCUUACCGAGAAGAUCGUACAGGCAUAUUCCCUGGGUCUCGCCGAAGGCCAAUACGUCAAGGCUGGAGACUAUGUGAUGCUGAGCCCCCAUCGUUGCAUGACCCAUGACAACUCAUGGCCGACCGCGCUCAAGUUUAUGGCAAUUGGCGCAUCCAAGGUCCACAACCCCAACCAGAUUGUCAUGACCCUGGACCACGAUGUUCAGAACAAGAGCGAGAAGAACCUGAAGAAAUACGAAUCGAUUGAGAAGUUUGCCAACCAGCAUGGUAUCGACUUCUACCCAGCAGGCCACGGUGUCGGCCAUCAGAUCAUGAUUGAGGAGGGAUAUGCCUUCCCCGGCACCGUCACUGUGGCGAGUGACAGUCACUCCAACAUGUACGGCGGAGUUGGUUGUCUGGGCACUCCCAUGGUUCGUACCGAUGCCGCGACCAUCUGGGCUACCGGCCGUACCUGGUGGAAGGUCCCCCCUAUCGCAAAAGUGCAGUUCACCGGCACCCUCCCUGAGGGUGUCACCGGAAAGGACGUCAUUGUUGCUUUGUCAGGUCUCUUCAACAAAGACGAGGUUCUCAAUUACGCGAUUGAGUUCACUGGCUCGGAGGAGACCAUGAAGAGUCUCUCUGUCGACACCCGUCUGACCAUCGCCAAUAUGACCACCGAAUGGGGCGCUCUGACCGGACUGUUCCCCAUCGACUCGACCUUGGAGCAGUGGCUGAGACACAAGGCCGCUACCGCAUCACGCACAGAGACGGCGCGCCGAUUUGCCGAGGAGCGUAUCAACGAGUUGUUCGCCAACCCCACCGUCGCUGACCGUGGUGCCAAGUACGCCAAAUACCUAUACCUGGAUCUGUCGACCCUCUCGCCCUACGUUUCCGGACCGAACUCCGUCAAGGUUGCCACCCCGAUUGACGAACUGGAGAAACAGAAGCUGAAGAUCGACAAAGCCUACUUGGUAUCCUGCACUAACUCGAGAGCAUCGGAUAUUGCCGCCGCGGCCAAGGUGUUCAAGGACGCUGUUGCCAGGACGGGUGGGCCUGUGAAGGUCGCGGACGGCGUCGAGUUCUACGUUGCGGCGGCUUCCAAGGCUGAACAGAAGAUUGCAGAGGUGGCAGGUGACUGGCAAGCUCUGAUGGACGCCGGCGCCAUCCCUCUGCCAGCGGGUUGCGCUGUCUGUAUUGGUCUCGGUGCCGGUCUCCUCAAGGAGGGUGAAGUUGGAAUCUCGGCCAGUAACCGAAACUUCAAGGGCCGCAUGGGUUCGCCUGAUGCCAAGGCCUAUCUUGCCAGUCCUGAGGUUGUCGCGGCCAGUGCACUGAACGGUGCUAUUAGCGGACCCAGCAUCUACAAGCGUCCUGAAGACUGGGCCGGCGUUUCCAUCGGUGAAGGCGAAGUGGUCGAGUCCGGUACUCGCAUCGACACGACUUUGGAAGCAAUGGAGAAGUUCAUUGGACAGCUGGAUAGCAUAAUCGAGUCGUCGAGCAAGGCCGUGAUGCCGGAAGAGUCGACUGGCUCCGGUUCCACCGAGGUCGACAUCGUUCCCGGCUUCCCCGAGAAGGUUGAAGGUGAAAUCCUCUUCCUUGAUGCAGACAACAUCAGCACUGAUGGCAUCUACCCUGGCAAAUACACAUACCAGGACGAUGUCACCAAGGAGAAGAUGGCGCAGGUCUGCAUGGAGAACUACGAUCCUGCCUUCAGCGGCAUCGCCCGCGCAGGAGACAUCUUCGUCUCCGGCUUCAACUUCGGCUGCGGCUCCUCCCGCGAGCAAGCCGCCACCUCCAUCCUCGCCAAGCAACUCCCCCUCGUCGUCGCCGGCAGCAUCGGCAACACCUUCAGCCGCAACGCCGUCAACAACGCCCUACCUCUCCUCGAGAUACCCCGCCUCGUGGAGCGCCUGCGCGAAGCCUUUGGCAGCGAAAAGCAACCAACCCGUCGCACGGGAUGGACCUUCAGCUGGAACGUGCGCACCUCCCAGGUCACCGUCCAGGAAGGCCCGGGCGGUGAAACCUGGAGCCAGAGCGUACCUGCUUUCCCUCCAAACCUGCAAGACAUCAUUGCCCAGGGCGGAUUGGAGAAGUGGGUGAAGAAGGAGAUUAGCAAGGCUUGA